CGGAAAAUAAAACUUUAAGAAAAAUCGAACUAAAAUCAGCGCGAAACGCGUGUGCUGGGCCUUUAAAGCACAGCCUAAAUAUUUAAGCAGCGAACGAACAAACAUAAAUUGUGACUUGUAAAAACAAUAAACAAUUUGGUGAAAUCAGUGCCAUUGACAUUCAAAUUGCCGUCGCUGAGCGUAGCUAAUUUUGCCGAGCCAAAAGUUUUUGUCUGUUGUGAUUAACCAAGGGCCCGUUCCCGUUCCCGUUGCCGUGUGCGGGCAGCGGCUGAGGCUUUAAACUGGGCGAAUACCGCAAAAUGACACGUGUCAGGCGCAUUGUGCGCGCGCAGCUUAAAAGUAUGCAACAUCAUUAGUGACAAGCUUGCGCCUUGCAAGUCGCCGCCUCAGUCUCAGUCUCAGUCCCAGUCAGUUUGCCUCAUUAGAAAGGACGACAGCAAAAGCGCAUUACGAGGGCCAAACGACAAGUUCCUAAACUUAAAGCAAUAAUUACAAAGACCAGCAAGGACAACAACAACAAGCAGCACAAAGCUGCUGCUAAGCUAAAUUCAAGGGCAGCUCAAGUGUGUCGUUUCCCUGCCGAAUAUUUGUGAAAAGCAUGAAACGCACACAGGCAACAACAACAACAACAACAAUAAUAACCAGACGUCACUUGUGCUGCUACACAAAGCUUGACAGGAUGCCAGCAAGCUGAUGCGUCUCCACCCACGCACACAACUUUCAUUCAAAGCUGCAAGAGCAGAAAUAAAUAAAGCAAGUCGAAAGUUAAUAUAUACAAAAGCCAAGCGCACGACACAAAUUAAGAGCACUUGCGAAAUUGUUGCCAGCAAAUUGAUAUAUAUAUUCGAUUAGCAAUCUCGAAAACGACAAACGCAAACAGCAGCAGCGAGAGCAGCAGCAGCAGGUUCUACAAUCAGCGCAUAGGUUACGCCCACUGGAUGCUUGCGCGCCUCCAACGUGCGCCAACGAACGCUUUUAACGCAAUUUUAGCUGCUUUAAGCCACAUACAGAGCCAGCGAGCGACGAGCUAAACAAACGCCAAGUCAUGCCGGAGCAGGAUAAUUACGAUGAUGAGUUGGUCUCCAGCAAUCCCAACCAGCGCAACUGGCGUGGCAUACUCAUUGCACUGCUGGUCAUAAUCAUAGUGCUGGCCUUAAUUGUAACAUCGGUGGUGCUGCUCACGCCCCCCGAUGAAGGACCGCGUGUUAAAGGACAACGCAUUAAGCUACAGGACAUUGUCGAUGGUCUCUAUGUGCCCCAGCGCGCCAAUGGCAGUUGGAUUGAUGCUGAGGAGUUUCUGUAUCAGGACCACUUGGGUCGCAUCUGUCUGCUAAAUGCAGCCAAUCGAAGCGAGCGCGUACUCAUGUCCAAUGUCACAUUUAAAAACUUGGCGCCCCUAAGCUUUAGCAUAUCAGCGGAUAAGCGUUACCUGCUGCUGACACAAAACGUGGUAAAGCUCUUCAGGCAUUCGUUCCUGGCCCAGUACACGCUCUACGAUAUACAAACCAGCGAGUCGAUUAAAUUACGCCAGCAGCAGCCGCCGCAGCAAGAGGAUUGGCCGUAUAUGCAUUAUGCGCGCUUUGGCACUACGGGCAAUUCUUUAAUCUGGGUGCAUAACUACGACAUCUAUUAUCGCCCCGAGGCGCGUGGCACACACAACUAUCGCAUCACGCACGACGCAGUGCCCGGCGUGGUCUAUAACGGCAUACCCGAUUGGCUUUAUGAAGAGGAGCUGCUGCAUGAGAACAACGCCAUUUGGCUUUCGAGCGACGGCAGUCGACUGCUCUACGCCAGCUUCAAUGAUACGCACGUGCAGGAGCAGCAUUUCGCUUGGUAUGGCACCAGCUCAGCGCCGCAUACGCCAGGCAGCGGUUCAAAGGAGCACGCAGGAGGAGCAGCAGCUGGUGGUGGUGGAGUUGGCGCUAAUCCGCAUGCCAGCUUGUAUCCGGAAAUUAGAUCCUUACGCUAUCCAAAGCCAGGCACACAGAAUCCAACAGUAACACUACGCGUAGUUGAUUUGGCGGAUCCAGCAAAGCUACGCACAACGGACUUGACACCACCGCAAAUUAUACAAAAUACGGAUCACUACUUUGCCAGCGCCAGUUGGGUAAGUGCCACGCAGGUAGCUGUGGUCUGGUUAAAUCGCCCGCAAAAUAUAUCCGCGGUCAGUGUUUGCAAGAGUCCCUCGUUCGAGUGCGAGGAGACACAUCGAGUGAGCGGAGAUGGACGCGGUUGGGUAGACACUGUCGCUGUGCCAUUGUUUGCGGCCAAUGGCAGCGUGUAUGUGGCCAUAUCGCCGAUGCGCGAUGGUUCAUUUGGUUAUUUCCGGCACAUUGUGCGCGUGGACGUUGACAAUAAUCGCGUGCUGCCACUCACACAUGGACCCUACGAGGUGAAUCGACUGCUGCAUUGGGAUCAAGUGGAUAAUUGGAUUUAUUUUCUGGGCACACCAGAGCGGCAUCCAUCGCAGCAGCAUUUGUAUCGCGUCUCAGCGCUGCCAGCACGCCAGGGACAAGCGCUGCAUACGCCGGAUUGCCUAACAUGUCCGGCCCAAAAGGAAAACAGCGACAACGCUGAAGAGGAACAAAAUCAGACCAAACCACCGCCUAAGCUGGUAACAGCCUGGGACGAUGACUGGGAGGAAUCGGAAGAGUCAGAUGCUGUGCCACCACCACCAGCACUGCCCAGCACCAGCGGCACACGUGGACGUGGCUCGCUGCCAGCGCAGCCACUACUCGAUUGUCUAUACCAUGAGGCAGAGUUUCCGCAUGCGCUGCAAGCGCGCUAUGUUUUAAUAGAGUGUCAAGGUCCAGUGGUGCCCAACUCUAUAAUUUAUGGCAUUAAAUCAAGCGCUGGUCCCAAGGCCAAACGUCAGCAGCAGCAGCCAGCGCAGGGCGAGCCAGCAGCCGCUGAGGUAAAGGAGCCCAAGCUAAAGUUUCUGGAGCUGCUGGUAACUGUGCAGAAUAAUACGCGUCUAAAGGAAAAAAUAGCCAAAGUAGCGCUGCCGCAAAUACGCAGCUUUCCAGUGAUGAUCUCGGGCGGCUUUCAUGCGCAAGUGCGUCUGUAUUUUCCGCCAGUGCUGCGUGAGGAUGAGAUAACACGUUAUCCAACAAUACUGCAUGUUUACUCUGGUCCUGGCACACAGCUGGUGACAGAUCGCUGGCAUGUGGAUUGGAAUACAUAUUUGUCCGGCAGCAAGGAUUACAUUGUUAUGGAAAUCGAUGCACGUGGCUCUGCUGGUCAGGGCUAUCAGCUGCUGCACGAGGUGUACAAGCGACUGGGCAGCGUCGAGGUGUCCGAUCAGCUGGAGGUCAGCGAAUAUUUGCGCGAUAAUUUGCAUUUCAUAGACUCGCGUCGCAUGGGUGUGUGGGGCUGGAGCUAUGGCGGCUACACCGCUGCGCUGGCAUUGGCUUCACAACAGUCGAUAUUUCAGUGCGGCAUAAGCGUUUCACCUGUGACCAAUUGGAAGCUUUAUGACUCCACUUAUGCUGAGCGCUACUUGAGCUUUCCCAAUGUGACCGACAACUACAAAGGCUAUGAAGAGAGCGAUCUUACCAAAUUUGUGGACAACUUGCGUGAGCGUCAGUAUCUGCUGGUGCAUGGCACUGCCGACGACAAUGUGCAUGUGCAGCAGUCCAUGGUGCUGGCUCGUGCUUUGACCAACAAGGGCGUGCUCUACAAGCAGCAGAUCUAUCCGGAUGAGGGGCACAGUUUAGCUGGCGUCAAGCGGCAUCUUUAUCGCUCCAUGACUGCGUUCUUUGAGGAUUGCUUCAAGAAGCUGCUCGACCAGCAACAGCAAAAUCAAUCAGAUACAAUGGAUUUUCUGGAUUUCCAUAGUUUCUAUGGCGGCUAAAUAUUGCUAAGGCUGUUGUCCUAACCAACCAAAUUGCUAACUAGGUGCCGCCGGAAACGAAAGCGGGUCUGGGCAGCGGCGGCGAUGCGCAGCAGCAGCAAUAAAAAAAAACAGCAGUGGC